CACAUACGGGAGCGUAAUUACACAAAAUGGCCGCAUUCUCGAUUCCUCAAGCUUCUCUACAGCCGAAUUACUCCCCGGAUUGGUUGUCAUCAGAACAUUUAACAGGAACGUCGAUCAUGGCUGUAGAGUUCGAUGGAGGAGUAGUUAUAGGAGCAGACUCAAGAACUACGACAGGAGCGUACAUUGCGAAUCGUGUGACGGACAAACUGACGAAAAUUACCGAUAACAUCUACUGUUGUCGUUCUGGAUCAGCGGCCGACACACAAGCAAUAGCAAAUAUUGUGAAAUAUUACCUCGACAUCCAACAGAUUGAGCUGAACGAACAAGCCGGGGUGAAAAUGGCCGCGUCUGUGUUUCGUGAAUUUUGUUAUGAUUACAGGGAUACGUUGGUUGCUGGUAUUAUUGUGGCUGGAUGGGAUAAACAUGAAGGCGGGCAGGUGUAUUCCAUUCCAUUGAGUGGUAUGUGCGUGCGGCAACCGUUCGCAAUUGGUGGAUCAGGCAGCACCUACAUAUACGGCUACUGUGACUCUCAAUUCAAAUAUGGAAUGACCAAAGAAGAAUGCAUGUCAUUCGUCAAGCAUUCUCUUGCACUGGCAAUGUCACGUGAUGGGUCGUCAGGUGGACUGAUCCGAUUGGCUUCCAUUGAAGAGUCUGGUGUCGAACGCGUCGUCAUUGCAGGAGAUGAAAUACCGCGUUUCUUUGAAGACUAAAACAAUUAGCUUGUGGCAGAGUUACGUGUCAUGAAUCCUUUUAGUCAUUGUUGCAUAUAAGAAAGUGAUGAAAAACACGAGUACACAAUGGUAGGCGAUAGCACGAGCUUGUCAGUGUCGAA